UAUUAUGAUUUUUGAAGUAGUUUUCAGCUUCCGCCCUGUGCUUGCAGCAUCGCGCUUAAUAGAGAGUUACUGCUUUUGUGAGCCUGUCUGACCACUGCAAGCGAUGAAUACGAUAUAAUCUAUGGAAUGAAACACCCGAUAUCCGUGAAGACACCGCCAUCACCACCACCACUACAGUCACGACUGCCACUGUUGGCAAGAAAAAACACAAAAAGACUAAAUCAGAAAAGAAACACAAAGAAAUUAUCACCGAAACGAUACAAACCGAAGAAGAUCAAAGCAUUGCGACAGUGAGACAGAAAUCAUUGCUUCUUCCUCUGAAAUCUUUCACAAAUGAGGAAGAAAUGCUCGACGAAAUGGCCGUUGAGUUCCUAAAGUCGCCAACGCGCGAAACUAGGGAACUUCCAUUGGGAAUCGCAUCCAUCUCAAGCCUGCCGUCCAUUCUCGCCCAGGUUACCAAUCUGGAGCCAAGCGAAACCACCAGUAGCAGUGCUUCUAUCGAUAUCGUUCCCCAACGGUCGAUGAUCACUGAAGAAACUCUGGUUUCAGAGCGAGAAACGGAUUCCAUCGUUCUGGAUAGCAGCAAGCUAUCAAACGUGCCCAAGUACAAUCUGAUUGGCCUUAACGAAUCUGUGCAGGUUUCUGAAGUUCUUACCGAAGAGCUUCCUCAAGAAACCACCCAUGUGAAACCUACGACACACUCUGCUAAAGCUGAACUAAUUCCCACUCAGUCUCUUCAGAUUAGUGAAUCCAUUACCCAUGAUUCCAUCUCUGACCUACAAACUCACACCGAACUCCCCUUAAGUGCUAAAAUUGAACUAUUCACUCAUGACGCGAAAAUUGUUCAAGAAACGAUUAGUAACCUCUCGGAGGAAAGCCUUACGUUACCUCAGACCCCAAUGUCUAGCAAAGCUCAUGCAACAGUUUUAUCGAAAGAAUCCAUUGAAAUCAGCGAAGUGAACAAAAUAGAAAAAGAACAAGAUCUCGAUUCAAGAAUUAAGCUCCCGUCAGUCACUCCUAAGUAUCAUAUCUUACCGUCCGAGUCCAUUCAAACCAGUGAAACUAUUGCCGAAGACAGUCCUAGCAAGUUCUACCCAGAACUUGCCGUUCCUACCGAGUCCGCCCGUAAAGUAUUUAUCGAACAAAAAUCCUAUACUACCCACGUCCUCAACGCUCCAGAGAAAGAAGAUAUCUAUGUACCAGGGCGUUUGCCACCUCAGCAGACAGCAGAUAUUCUUUUAUCUACCACGGAAUCUCUGCAAAUAGCCGAGCAACCUUCCCAAGAGCAUGAAUCUGAACUAUCCGCCGAGCCAAAACCCGCUUCCUAUAAAGCAAUCGAUUCAGUCACCACUUUGGAAGGACUUACUACAGAAACUGUCAACGAAGCAUAUUCAACAAGACCGUUCGAAACGGAAACAUUCGAAACUCGCACUGCUACGGUCGAUUUCCGUGAACAAACAACUGUCUCUAUCUCCAAAAUAAUUAGCAAUGAGACCGAAUCUGAUCUGGCUCCAUUCAUGCUGGCACCUUCUGCCAAGGCUUCAACGACCCUUUCAACUCUUUCAAUAGGCGAAUCCGUUGAACCGUUCGUACACGAAAAAGAAACCUUGCAUCAGGGAGUCCCCCGGCCCUACGAAGCUACCGCUGAGUCCAUCCUAGAACCAAUUGAAAAUAUCGCCGUUACGGAGAUCGAAACUGCCGACACUGCCGGACGGUUUUCUCCGGAAGCCAUGGAACGAACUGAGAUGGCAACUGCCGCGUUCACGUUGCAACAAUCGCACAGCGUGUCAGCUGUACUGACCAAUGAGAAAGAAGCUGCAUUUGUUGGCAGAACUGACCAGAAACUGGCCUACGCAUCGCCUCAGCUAAAUGUUCAGCAUCAGCUAGAAGUCACUACUCACGAGGUCAAUGAACGGGAAACAUCCUUCAACACCUCUCAGAUGCCGGCAGACCAACUCGCCAGAGCCGUUCCAACCGAUAUGCUCAAAUCAGUUCUCAUCCAGGAAACCACGACAAACCUGUCCACCACUGACAUGCCUCAUACAACGCACGAAACCUCGGCAGCCCAAGUUCGAACCGAUGAGUUAGAAGUGAAAACCAUUGCGGAAACCACUGUUUACGAAGGCACCCAGGAAUACCAGAAACCUGUGCCACCGGAACAAAAAACUGUAGACACCACCCUUCAGCCUAAUACCGAACUGAUCGUAACCGAAGUUGUUACCGAACAGAGAGAACGGGAGGGCUUCGAUGCACAAGAACUGGCCAAGGACUACGCGGCCAAACCAGUGCCAACGCACUCGCUUAAAUCUGUGCUGGUUCAAGAGACACUUGUUUCCGAUAGUGUAGACCAAGUUCCGCAGGCACUGCAGAUGACGACCUCUGCGGUAGUGAAAGACGAUCGGUUUGAAGAAACAGUCGUUUCUGAAGCAAUGGUACUAGAAGGUACAGAACAAUACGCAGCUCCUGAGAUACCGGCGUUGAAAUCAGGUCACACCAAAACAGAGCCUCUGGAAGGUCUAGUUGUUACCGAAGUGAUUACCGAAGUGCGUGAGCAGGAAGGUGUCAAGGCUGAGGAUAUUGCCAAAGAUUAUGUGGCAAAAACAUCAGCAUCCGAAGCUCUCAAAUCCGUUCUAAUUGAAGAAGUUCAAAUCUCCAACAUUACUGGCGAGCUUACGAAGCCGGACAUUCAAACUUCCGCCGCCACCAUCAACAGGGAUGAGCUCGAACAAACCACUGUUAUGCAAGCUCUCAUUCUGGAAGGGCUCAACAAACUACUAGAAGAUACCACUCCAGAGAUGAGAACAGCCGAGACAGCUUUGAGCCCUAAGCGAGAGCUGACCAUAACUGAAGUGUUUCCCGAGCAAAAAGAACGUGAGGGCUUCGACAUCCAAGAAAUCGCCAAGGAUUACGUUGCGAAGCAAACCCCUUCUCACACUCUUAGUUUGGUAGUGGUGGAGACAACCGAGGCUACAGAUUCGGUUGGAAAUGUUUCUACCUUGCAAAUGAUGAAAUCAUCUGCCACAGUCAAAUCGGAUCAAUUCGAAGAGAAAAUUGUUAGCGAAACUAUGGUGUUUGAAGAGGCAAGUAAACACGAAGAGCAGGAGUUCAACACGAAACAAGCCGAACCGUCAUUGGUACCGAUCACAGAACUGGUAGUCACAGAAGUUGUUGCUGAACAGCGUGAAAAAGAAGGAUAUGAUGUGCACGAUAUAGCCAAAGAUUAUAAGGCUUCGGUUCUACCUAGUCAUGCGCUGAAGUCGGUGAUGGUACAAGAGGUGCUCACGUCGGACACUGUUGACAGAGUGGUUGAGGAAGCUGUUCAAAGUAGUGCUGCCAUGGUUAGAAGCGAUCAAUUGGAACAAAAAACCAUAUCUGAAACCAUUGCUUACGAAGGUGUUGCGCAAGUGCCCGAAGAUGUGAAACCGGCUCAAAGAACAGCUGACAGUGUUUACCAACUUAUUAGUGAAGUGUUGGUUACUGAAGUAUCACCGGAAGAGAGAGAACGUGACGGAUUCUCCGCCACUGAAAUAGCGAAAGAUUAUGUGGCAAAAACUGUUCCAUCCGAUACGUUGAAAUCCAUAACUGUGGAACAGGUUGUACCAACAGAAGGCUUUGGCAAGCUUGAUAACUUUGAGGCAGGCACGACUACAGCUUUAUUGAGAAAUGAUCAGCACGAGCAAACCAUUGUGCAGGAAACCAUGAUCUACGAAGACGCAGAAAGGUAUAUCGAAAGCAGCAAACCAACGGAAAAAUCAGCCGAACCAGUUGUUACGCCAAUCACUGAGUUAAUUAUCACCGAAGUUCAUCCGGAACAGAAGGAAAGAGAAGGAUACGAUGUGGCCGAAUUAGCAAAGGAAAAUAUCGUAAAAGCAGUACCGUCGCAUACACUCAAGUCGGUUACUGUAGAAGAAGUUCUACUUUCGGAGAAAGAAGAACAGUUGGCAAAAACAAAAACCAUUACAUCAACCGCUGCGUUAAAGAACGAUGAACUAGAGCAGAAAACGGUAUCGGAAACAAUUGUUUACGAAGGAUCACAACUCCUCCCAGCAGACGAACAACCCUCGGUGAAAAAGGCCUCGCCAGCUUAUCAACCAAAUACGGAAAUUAUUGUUACCGAAGUUAUUCCUGAGCAGAAAGAAAGAGAAGGAUUCAACAUUGAAGAGCUCGCCAAGGAUCACAUUGCUAUGGCAAUUCCUUCACAUACGCUGAAAUCGGUACAGGUACAAGAAACAAUAUCUUCUGAAAACGUCGAUGAUUUCACGAAAGAAUCCACCGCAACUUCGUCUGCAAUCUUCAAAGAAGAUAAAUUCGAUGAGACGAGCGUACAGGAAACCGUCGUGCUAGAGUCCAUUGCCAAGUAUGACGAGCAAGCGAAACCAGAUGAGAAGACAGCUGACACACUCGUGACAACAAUCAGCGAGCUAAUAGUAACUGAAGUAGUGACCGAGCAAAAAGAAAAGGAAGGUUAUAGCGUUGAUGAAAUUGCUAAAGAUCACGUAGCCAAGGUCGUGCCAUCAGAUGCAUUGAAAUCCAUAAGCGUUCAGGAGGUCCAAACAGCUGACGUUCUAGGCAGAAUACUCGAUACCUCGAUGGAUACGAAAACAGCAAUAAUGACAAAAGAAGAACUCGAGCAGACCACUACUUCAGAGACGUACAUCUUCGAAGGGCUAAGGCAAUAUAAUGAAGAUAAGCCUCUAGGGAAAGUAGCAGCACCUAAUGUAGAAGCUAUCAACGAGUUGCUAGUCACGGAAGUAAUUGCGGAGCAAAAAGAGAAGGAAGGGUACGACGUUAAAGACAUCGCAAGCAAUUAUGUUGCUAAGGAGAUACCGUCGCAUACAUUACGCUCCAUUCAAGUUGAGCAAGUCCAGCUGUCGGAUGACGUUGGCCAUAUCCCAUCACAGGAAACCCAGAAAUCUCAUGCUAAAACGAUCGACAGCGAAAUCGAACAAAAGAUUAUUUCCGAGAAUGUAGUGCUGGAGAGUACAGACACAAUUAUAGAACAAGUUCAACCAGAACAAAAAUCAGCUGAAGCGAACAUCCAGCCAAUCACGGAACUAGUCAUUACAGAAGUGGUUGCCGAACAAAAAGAAAAGGAAGGAUACAACGUGCAGGAUAUAGCAAGUCAAUAUGUUGCCAAAUCAAUUCCAGCACAUUCUUUGAAAUCAAUUCAGGUUGAAGAGGUGAUUACGUCCAGUGCAACUGGAGAUAUCAUAAGCGAUGACAGAAGUCUAUCUUCAGCACAGAUUCGAGAAGAUGAACAUGAACAAACCACAAUCACACAGCAAGUUGUUUUGGAGAACUUGGAGCUAUUGGAAAAAUCUGUCCAACCAGAACAGAAAGCUGCUAUACCAUCGAUGCAACCAAACGAAGAGCUAAUAGUCACAGAAAUAAUCUCCGAACAAAAGGAAACUGAAGGUUAUAAUGUUGAAGAGAUUUCCAAGAACUAUUCGGCCAAACAGAUACCAAUUGAUACACUCAAAUCAAUAACUGUUGAGGAAAUACAGCUCGCUGAUGCAGUUGGAAGCAUUCAAGUGCCGGAAACUAUCUCUACAACAGCCAGCGUUCGAAAGAAUGAGUUUGAAGAGACCAUAAUUUCGGAAACCUUGGUCUAUGAAGAGUUGGGAAAGCAACUGGAGAAGAUAGUACCAGAACAGAAAACUGCAGAUUCUUCUUUGCUGCCAAAUACGGAGCUGGUGGUGACCGAAGUUGUUACGGAGCAAAAGGAAAAGGAAGGAUUUGACGUGCACGAUAUCGCUAAGGAUUAUUCUGCUAAACCGGUUACGGACGGAUUGAUGCGAUCGUUGAUAAUUGAAGAAGUUCAGACGACUGACCAUCUAGGCGAUGUAGCGCAAAUUACCGAGAAGCAGUUGGCCACCAUUAAAAAGGAUCAGUUCGAGCAAACCACUGAAGCGGAAACCAUGGUCUACGAAGCCAUUGAUGAGGUCAAAGAAUCUUCUAAGCCGGAUUCGAAAACAGCUGAGCUACUGAUUCAACCGAACGCAGAGAUCAUUGUUACAGAAGUUGUUAGUGAACAACGCGAGAAGGAGGGUUACGAUAUUAAAGAAAUUGCGAAAGAUUACGUUGCUAAAGCAAUGCCUGCCAAAACGAUGAAAUCGGUAACUGUGGAACAGGUUGAAGUUACCGAAGAUAUUUCUAGAAUGGAAAAACUGGACUAUACCAAACAGUCUGCUAUUCUCAGCAAAGAUACCCUUGAACAAACCGUUGUUACGGAAACCUUGGCAUUCGAGAAUAUCACUCAACAGGAACAGACUUCGCUUCCAGAACAGAAGAAAGCUGAAUCUACUUUGGAGUCCAUGACAGGUGUCACAAUCACUGAAGUCGUAACGGAGCAGAAGGUUAACGAAGGUAUUCUUAGUGCAGCGGUGGAUCAACAGAAAGCCAAACUCGUUCCAACCGAUGUUUUGAAAUCUUUGACUGUUGAACAAAUUGAACCACUAUUGGAUGCGACAGAUGUUACAUCAGUCGAAUCCAGACUAUCAAAAGCAUCGGUGAAAACCGACGAACUCUCCGUGACUUCAGUAACGGAAACAACUGCAUUCGAAGGAAUCAAAGAGCACGAGGGCAGGAUUGAGUUCGAUUGGCACACAGCCAAGCUUGUUCCGGCUGAUGUGUUCAAAUGUUUGUCUAUUGAACAAGUGGAACCUUUCCUUCUCACCGGUAACGUACCAGAGGAAAUGCUGAAACCUUUAUCCGUAGUUAUACGAACUGAUGAGCAGGAACAAGUGGUUGCUUCGGAGACUACUGUAUUCGAAUGUAUCAAAGAUUUCCUCGAAAAAACGGAACACUUAGAGCAGUUCGCCAAACCGAUGGUUGGUGACAUACUCAAAUCGCUAACUGUUGAGCAAGUUGUGUCCCUGCAGCACACUGGCGAUGUCGAAAAGUUCAUAGCAAAGGCAACAUCCGCUCUUAUAAAAUCAGAUGAACGCGAGCAGACGACGGUCGCCGAAUCCGUAAUCUAUGAAGCCCUGAAAGAGUACUUCGGAAAACUAGAAAUUGAAAGCCAAACGGCAAAACUAAUCCCAAGUGACGUUCUGAAAUCAAUAACAAUAGAACAGGUUCAACCACUAGAUGAAUUGCACGAGGUUACUGCUGACACUAAGUCAGUUUCCCAAGCUGUAAGUAAGACAGAUGAAUUGGAAGAGGUGGUGACUACUGAAGCUACGGUAUACGAAGGAUUAAAGGCGUACGAUGAAACAUUAAGCCUCGAUGAACAUCUUGCGAAAAAGGUGCUCUCAUCUGAACAUAAAUCGGUUUCAGUUGAACAAGUUGAAACGUACAUCGGAAUCGGAAAGGUCAAAACAGAAAUAAGUUCAAUAUCCGAGGCUGUCGUUAAGCCAGAUGAGUUUGAACAGAAGGUCAUAUCUGAAACAAUAGUUUACGAGGGAAUUCAUGAGGGUUCAGUAAGGGUUCCAGCUGAUGAAAGGCACGCAACUCCUGCCGUUGAUGGAUUAAAAUUGCCCGUAAAAUCUGAAGUCGAUACAGCUGAUGCUGCUGAAGAUUUAACAGCGCAACUGAAAACUCAAGAAGACAGUGCUACAAGAGUGGUCGUUGAACAAGUUGUAGCUUCUCAAACUCAAACUUUGACACAUGAUUCGUUGGGUCAACUGAAGGCAUCAGAAGAAAUUGAUACAAAACAUGCGAUUCCCCAAUAUACGGAUCUCCACGUGCCAUCACAAUUAGAAACAGUACCAAGUGAGGCACUGGAGCAACUCAAACAGCCGCUGAAUGCUCUCGAGAGUACUGCCACCGUCAAUAUCAGCAAAUUCAUUGUUCCAUUACAAUCCCAUACCAUAUCAGCAGACACUACAGCACCAUUCGAGGAGAUCACCGAACCACGUAAGUUUGCCACCAAAGCUAUACAGGAUGGCCUACGAGCAGCCGAAUGUAUAGAGGUGUCCAGUAACGAACUAAACGACAUAUCAGUACCAACUGAAGCCCCUCAUGGACAGGCAUCAGUAUCAUUCACAACUAAUAUCAUUGCAAAUGUAAUGGAAACAAAUACACACGAAAAUGUAGAUAACAUUACUGUACAUAUGGAACCCACAAAGCGGUUCGCUCAAUUAACCCAAUCGAUGUUCGACACUAUGUACGAAGAAUCCAGUCCAGUUAUACGGGAAGAUCACACAGCUACAACUAUGAAUCAAACACGAACAGACACCCAAGCAUUACACGAUGACAAAACAGAACAUACAACACAUCAAAUGCAAGAGGAUACAACACAAGUUCAUCACACCAUCAGAAGGCAAUCUUUACAUCUUACACAUGAAGGUCAAACAGAAGAAACAUGCGCCAAUAUCACAAUACAAAUGAAACGAAAAACAGCAAAACGCGAUGUAGAAAAUGAUGGAAUCAUCGAAAAAUACACACCCGAUGCAACAGUAACUGAGGUCAUCACAGAAGACGAAUCGAAAAAACAAAUAACCAAGAAACGUGUCAUCAAAAAGAAAGCAGGACAAAAGAUGCAGAUCACCGAAAUCGUCACAGUCCAAGAAGACGAUCAGCUGCCUCAGACUACCGUCACUGUUACUGAGUCCGAGUUGCCGUUCGAAGAAGCCACUGAAUUCAAACCAGCGACUGUUGAACCUCAAGAAGCCAUCGUUCAAGAGCUUCCUGAAGAGAUCAAGGUGAUUGAAGUCAUUACCGAAGAAGGCAAACCUAAGAAACAGAUUACCAAGAAGCGUGUCAUCAAAAAGAAAGCCGGAAAGAAAGAGCAGGUGACCGAAAUCGUCACAGUCCAAGAAGACGAUCAGCUGCCUCUGACUACCGUCACUGUUACUGAAUCCGAGUUGCCGUUUGAAGAAGCCACUGAAUUCAAACCAGCGACAAUUGAGCCUCAAGAAGCCAUCGUUCAAGAGCUUCCUGAAGAGAUCAAGGUGACUGAAGUCAUUACCGAAGAAGGCAAACCUAAAAAACAGAUCACCAAGAAGCGUGUCAUCAAAAAGAAAUCCGGAAAGAAGGAGCAGGUUACCGAAAUCGUCACAGUCCAAGAAGACGAUCAGCUGCCUCUGACUACAGUCACUGUUACUGAAUCCGAAUUGCCGUUUGAAGAAGUUUCUGAAUUCAAACCAGCAACUGUUGAACCUCAAGAAGCCAUCGUUCAAGAGCUUCCUGAAGAGAUCAAGGUGACAGAAGUCAUUACCGAAGAAGGCAAACUUAAAAAACAGAUCACCAAAAAGCGUGUCAUCAAAAAGAAAGCCGGAAAGAAAGAGCAGGUUACCGAAAUCGUCACAGUCCAAGAAGACGAUCAGCUGCCUCUUACUACCGUUACUGUUAUUGAGUCCGAGUUGCCGUUCGAAGAAGCCACUGAAUUCAAACCAGCGACUGUUGAACCUCAGGAAGCCAUCGUUCAAGAGCUUCCUGAAGAGAUCAAGGUGACCGAAGUCAUUACCAAAGAAGGCAAACUUAAGAAACAGAUCACCAAAAAGCGUGUCAUCAAAAAGAAAGCUGGAAAGAAAGAGCAGGUUACCGAAAUCGUCACAGUCCAAGAAGACGAUCAGCUGCCUCUGACUACCGUUACUGUUACUGAAUCCGAGUUGCCGUUCGAAGAAGUUUCCGAAUUCAAACCAGCGAUUGUUGAACCUCAAGAAGCCUUCGUUCAAGAGCUUCCUGAAGAGAUCAAGGUGACUGAAGUCAUUACCGAAGAAGGCAAACCUAAGAAACAGAUCAUUAAGAAGCGUGUCAUCAAAAAGAAAGCUGGGAAGAAGGAGCAGGUUACCGAAAUCGUCACAGUCCAAGAAGACGAUCAGCUGCCUCUGACUACAGUCACUGUUACUGAAUCCGAAUUGCCGUUUGAAGAAGUUUCUGAAUUCAAACCAGCAACUGUUGAACCUCAAGAAGCCAUCGUUCAAGAGCUUCCUGAAGAGAUCAAGGUGACAGAAGUCAUUACCGAAGAAGGCAAACUUAAGAAACAGAUCACCAAAAAGCGUGUCAUCAAAAAGAAAGCCGGAAAGAAAGAGCAGGUUACCGAAAUCGUCACAGUCCAAGAAGACGAUCAGCUGCCUCUGACUACCGUUACUGUUAUUGAGUCCGAGUUGCCGUUCGAAGAAGCCACUGAAUUCAAACCAGCGACUGUUGAACCUCAGGAAGCCAUCGUUCAAGAGCUUCCUGAAGAGAUCAAGGUGACCGAAGUCAUUACCAAAGAAGGCAAACUUAAGAAACAGAUCACCAAAAAGCGUGUCAUCAAAAAGAAAGCCGGAAAGAAAGAGCAGGUUACCGAAAUCGUCACAGUCCAAGAAGACGAUCAGCUGCCUCUGACUACCGUUACUGUUACUGAAUCCGAGUUGCCAUUUGAAGAAGUUCCUGAAUUCAAACCAGCAGCUAUUGAACCUCAAGAAGCCAUCGUUCAAGAGCUUCCUGAAGAGAUCAAGGUGACCGAAGCCAUUACCGAAGAAGGCAAACCUAAGAAACAGAUCACCAAGAAGCGUGUCAUCAAAAAGAAAGCCGGAAAGAAAGAGCAUGUUACCGAAAUCGUCACAGUCCAAGAAGACGAUCAGCUGCCUCAGACUACCGUCACUGUUACUGAAUCCGAGUUGCCGUUUGAAGAAGUUUCCGAAUUCAAACCAGCGAUUGUUGAACCUCAAGAAGCCAUCGUUCAAGAGCUUCCUGAAGAGAUCAAGGUGACAAAAGUCAUUACCGAAGAAGGCAAACUUAAGAAACAGAUCACCAAAAAGCGUGUCAUCAAAAAGAAAGCCGGAAAGAAAGAGCAUGUUACCGAAAUCGUCACAGUCCAAGAAGACGAUCAGCUGCCUCAGACUACCGUCACUGUUACUGAGUCCGAGUUUCCGUUCGAAGAAGUUUCCGAAUUCAAACCAGCGAUUGUUGAACCUCAAGAAGCCAUCGUUCAAGAGCUUCCUGAAGAGAUUAAGGUGACAGAAGUCAUUACCGAAGAAGGCAAACCUAAAAAACAGAUCACCAAGAAGCGUGUCAUCAAAAAGAAAGCCGGAAAGAAGGAGCAGGUUACCGAAAUCGUCACAGUCCAAGAAGACGAUCAGCUGCCUCAGACUACCGUCACUGUUACUGAAUCCGAGUUGCCGUUUGAAGAAGCCACUGAAUUCAAACCAGCGACAAUUGAGCCUCAAGAAGCCAUCGUUCAAGAGCUUCCUGAAGAGAUCAAGGUGACUGAAGUCAUUACCGAAAAAGGCAAACCUAAAAAACAGAUCACCAAGAAGCGUGUCAUCAAAAAGAAAUCCGGAAAGAAGGAGCAGGUUACCGAAAUCGUCACAGUCCAAGAAGACGAUCAGCUGCCUCAAACUACCGUCACUGUUACUGAAUCCGAGUUGCCGUUUGAAGAAACUACUGAACUCAAACCAGCGACUAUUGAACCUCAGGAAGCCAUCGUUCAAGAACUUCCUGAAGAGAUCAAGGUGACUGAAGUCAUUACCGAAAAAGGCAAACCUAAAAAACAGAUCACCAAGAAGCGUGUCAUCAAAAAGAAAUCCGGAAAGAAGGAGCAGGUUACCGAAAUCGUCACAGUCCAAGAAGACGAUCAGCUGCCUCUGACUACCGUCACUGUUACUGAAUCCGAGUUGCCGUUUGAAGAAGCCACUGAAUUCAAACCAGCGACUGUUGAGCCUCAAGAAGCCAUCGUUCAAGAGCUUCCUGAGGAGAUCAAGGUGACUGAAGUCAUUACCGAAGAAGGCAAACCUAAGAAACAGAUCAUCAAGAAGCGUGUUAUCAAAAAGAAAGCCGGAAAGAAGGAGCAGGUUACCGAAAUCGUCACAGUCCAAGAAGACGAUCAGCUGCCUCUGACUACCGUCACUGUUACUGAAUCCGAGUUGCCGUUUGAAGAAGCCACUGAAUUCAAACCAGCGACUGUUGAGCCUCAAGAAGCCAUCGUUCAAGAGCUUCCUGAAGAGAUCAAGGUGACUGAAGUCAUUACCGAAGAAGGCAAACCUAAGAAACAGAUCAUCAAGAAGCGUGUUAUCAAAAAGAAAGCCGGAAAGAAGGAGCAGGUUACCGAAAUCGUCACAGUCCAAGAAGACGAUCAGCUGCCUUCGACCACCGUCACUGUUACUGAAUCCGAGUUGCCGUUUGAAGAAGCCACUGAAUUCAAACCAGCGACUGUUGAGCCUCAAGAAGCCAUCGUUCAAGAGCUUCCUGAAGAGAUCAAGGUGACUGAAGUCAUUACCGAAGAAGGCAAACCUAAGAAACAGAUCAUCAAGAAGCGUGUUAUCAAAAAGAAAGCCGGAAAGAAAGAGCAGGUUACCGAAAUCGUCACAGUCCAAGAAGACGAUCAGCUGCCUCAGACUACCGUCACUGUUACUGAAUCCGAGUUGCCGUUUGAAGAAGUUUCUGAAUUCAAACCAGCGACUGUUGAACCUCAAGAAGCCAUCGUUCAAGAGCUUCCUGAAGAGAUCAAGGUGACUGAAGUCAUUACCGAAGAAGGCAAACCUAAGAAACAGAUCAUCAAGAAGCGUGUUAUCAAAAAGAAAGCCGGAAAGAAGGAGCAGGUUACCGAAAUCGUCACAGUCCAAGAAGACGAUCAGCUGCCUCUGACUACCGUCACUGUUACUGAAUCCGAGUUGCCGUUUGAAGAAGUUUCUGAAUUCAAACCAGCAGCUAUUGAACCUCAAGAAGCCAUCGUUCAAGAGCUUCCUGAAGAGAUCAAGGUGACUGAAGUCAUUACCGAAGAAGGCAAACCUAAGAAACAGAUCAUCAAGAAGCGUGUUAUCAAAAAGAAAGCCGGAAAGAAGGAGCAGGUUACCGAAAUCGUCACAGUCCAAGAAGACGAUCAGCUGCCUCUGACUACCGUCACUGUUACUGAAUCCGAGUUGCCGUUUGAAGAAGCUACUGAAUUCAAACCAGCGACUGUUGAACCUCAAGAAGCCAUCGUUCAAGAGCUUCCUGAAGAGAUCAAGGUGACAGAAGUCAUUACCGAAGAAGGCAAACCUAAGAAACAGAUCAUCAAGAAGCGUGUUAUCAAAAAGAAAGCCGGAAAGAAAGAGCAGGUUACCGAAAUCGUCACAGUCCAAGAAGACGAUCAGCUGCCUCAGACUACCGUCACUGUUACUGAAUCCGAGUUGCCGUUUGAAGAAGUUUCUGAAUUCAAACCAGCGACUGUUGAACCUCAAGAAGCCAUCGUUCAAGAGCUUCCUGAAGAGAUCAAGGUGACUGAAAUCAUUACCGAAGAAGGCAAACCUGUAAAACAGAUCAUCAAUAAGCGUGUUAUCAAAAAGAAAGCCGGAAAGAAAGAGCAGGUUACCGAAAUUGUCACAGUCCAAGAAGACGAUCAGCUGCCUCUGACUACCGUCACUGUUACUGAAUCCGAGUUGCCGUUUGAAGAAGCCAUUGAAUUGAAACCAGCGACUGUUGAACCUCAAGAAGCCAUCGUUCAAGAGCUUCCUGAAGAGAUCAAGGUGACCGAAAUCAUUACCGAAGAAGGCAAACCUAAGAAACAGAUUACCAAGAAGCGUGUCAUCAAAAAGAAAUCCGGAAAGAAGGAGCAGGUUACCGAAAUCGUCACAGUCCAAGAAGACGAUCAGCUGCCUCUGACUACCGUCACUGUUACUGAAUCCGAAUUGCCGUUUGAAGAAGUUUCUGAAUUCAAACCAGCGACUGUUGAACCUCAAGAAGCCAUCGUUCAAGAGCUUCCUGAAGAGGUCAAGGUGACCGAAGUCAUUACCGAAGAAGGCAAACCUAAGAAACAGAUCAUCAAGAAGCGUGUUAUCAAAAAGAAAGCCGGAAAGAAAGAGCAGGUUACCGAAAUCGUCACAGUCCAAGAAGACGAUCAGCUGCCUCUGACUACCGUCACUGUUACUGAAUCCGAGUUGCCGUUUGAAGAAGCCACUGAAUUCAAACCAGCGACUGUUGAGCCUCAAGAAGCCAUCGUUCAAGAGCUUCCUGAAGAGGUCAAGGUGACAGAAGUCAUUACCGAAGAAGGCAAACCUAAAAAACAGAUCAUCAAGAAGCGUGUCAUCAAAAAGAAAGCCGGAAAAAAAGAGCAGGUUACCGAAAUCGUCACAGUCCAAGAAGACGAUCAGCUGCCUCUGACUACCGUCACUGUUACUGAAUCCGAGUUGCCGUUUGAAGAAGCCACUGAAUUCAAACCAGCGACUGUUGAGCCUCAAGAAGCCAUCGUUCAAGAGCUUCCUGAAGAGAUCAAGGUGACUGAAGUCAUUACCGAAGAAGGCAAACCUGUAAAACAGAUCAUCAAGAAGCGUGUUAUCAAAAAGAAAGCCGGAAAGAAAGAGCAGGUUACCGAAAUUGUCACAGUCCAAGAAGACGAUCAGCUGCCUCUGACUACCGUCACUGUUACUGAAUCCGAGUUGCCGUUUGAAGAAGCCAUUGAAUUAAAACCAGCGACUGUUGAACCUCAAGAAGCCAUCGUUCAAGAGCUUCCUGAAGAGAUCAAGGUGACCGAAAUCAUUACCGAAGAAGGCAAACCUAAGAAACAGAUUACCAAGAAGCGUGUCAUCAAAAAGAAAUCCGGAAAGAAGGAGCAGGUUACCGAAAUCGUCACAGUCCAAGAAGACGAUCAGCUGCCUCUGACUACAGUCACUGUUACUGAAUCCGAAUUGCCGUUUGAAGAAGUUUCUGAAUUCAAACCAGCGACUGUUGAACCUCAAGAAGCCAUCGUUCAAGAGCUUCCUGAAGAGGUCAAG